GCGGAGGGAGGGCCCUCGCCCGGAGAGCGGCCAAUCCGGGCGGGCGCUGGCGGCGAGCAGGGGCAGAAUGGGCUGUAGUUGAGUGAAAUAGGGAAAGCGGCGAACAGUGUGGAGCGUUCCCGGUGUAAAUAAAAGGGGGAGGAAAAAAAAAAAAGUUUGUGGAAGUCGCCGCCCUGCAGCCUCGCUCGGGCAGCGGUGCGGGGGCUUGUGCGGUGCGGGAGCCCGGCACGGAGGACUUUAGUGCGCGGCGUUAACACGCUCUGCCUAUUGUUUGUGUUUUUUUCCAAAAUAUGGCAAAGGUUCAGGUGAACAAUGUAGUGGUGUUGGAUAAUCCUUCUCCUUUCUACAAUCCUUUCCAGUUCGAAAUCACAUUCGAGUGCAUAGAGGACCUGUCUGAAGAUUUGGAAUGGAAAAUUAUUUAUGUGGGUUCAGCUGAAAGUGAAGAGUAUGAUCAGGUUUUAGACUCUGUUUUAGUCGGACCUGUUCCUGCAGGCAGACACAUGUUUGUAUUUCAGGCUGAUGCACCUAACCCAGGGCUUAUUCCAGAUGCAGAUGCAGUAGGUGUAACAGUUGUGCUAAUUACAUGCACUUACCGAGGUCAAGAAUUUAUUAGAGUUGGCUACUAUGUAAACAAUGAAUAUACUGAAACAGAACUGAGAGAGAAUCCACCAGUAAAGCCAGACUUUUCUAAGCUUCAAAGGAAUAUUUUGGCAUCUAAUCCCAGAGUCACAAGAUUCCACAUUAAUUGGGAGGACAACACUGAAAAACUGGAAGAUGCAGAGAGCAGUAACCCAAAUCUACAGUCUCUGCUUUCCACAGAUGCGUUGCCUUCAGCAUCAAAGGGAUGGUCAACAUCAGAAAAUUCACUAAAUGUUAUGUUAGAAUCUCAUAUGGACUGCAUGUGACUAACCACCAUCGUUUUGGUACUGUAUAUGUGUUAAACUGUAAAAACAACCAGAACUAUUUCCCUCAAAUUCCAUAAGUACAUAGUUUGAUGAGCAAUGUGAAGAACUUGUUUUAAAACAUCCUGUAGAAAGUUUAUAAAAAAAACCAAAAAACCCAACAAACAAACAGUAUUUGAGCAAAUUGUGGAAUAUAAAUACAACUAUUUUUAAGUAA